CUAUUAAGAAGACGAACAUGGCCACCUUUGCACCGGCACCCGCCGAGACAAUGGACGCGAUGGUGUCAGCACCAUCGUCUUCCUCAUCCUCGGCCCCGUUGUUCACUUGCUUGUCGUGCUCGAUCGGAUUUCCAAGGCCAGAGGAUCAGCGCAGCCACUACCGAACGGACCUGCACCGCUACAACAUGAAGAGGAGAGUUGCCAACCUCCCGCCAGUCAGAGCGGAUGUCUUCAAUGCCAAAGUUCUUGAGAGGAGGAAAGAAGCUGAGAAGGAGCAGGUGCAGUCUCGUGGACCUGCUAAAGAGGGGAAAUGCGACGCUUGCAAGUGAGUCGAUCGUGUCGUGUGAGGAUGUUCUUGCGAAUAUGCACUAACGAAGCGUCGCCCUCAGCAAAUCUUUCUCGUCUUCCAAUGCAUACAAGGACCACAUGAACUCCCGCAGGCACAAGGAGACGCUCAGUCGUGUUGCCGGCGCCUCAACAAAGGCCAAAGCUGCACCUGAACGAUCGAGUGACCCGCUUGUCGUCAGGCUUCCGGCAACGGGGCAAGAGCCCCUCGAGAGCAUGUCUAAGGUGGCAGAGGCACUCCCGGAGGAAGCAGGUCCGUCAUCAUCAUCAUCGCAACCGCAGGGACAGACUCCACCGGUCAGGCCGGAUCUUACUGUCUCUGAGGAUGCAACCGAGGAAGAGAUCCAAGCUGCCAUCGACGCCAAGCUGGCGACUGCGAAGCGAAUCGAUCCGGCGACGGCAUGCAUGUUCUGCCUGAAAUCUGGAUUCACCGCUCUCGAUGAAUCGCUGGAGCACAUGCGCAAGCAUCACGGUUUCUGGCUUCCCGAGCAAGACUACCUGGUCGACAAGCCAGGCCUUAUGACGUAUCUUUCGGACAAGAUCUGCGUCGGCAAUAUCUGUCUGUACUGCAACGGGCGUGGGAGAGGAUUUCAGACGGCCGAGGCGGUUCGGAAGCACAUGCUGGACAAAAGUCACUGCAAGGUCGCUUAUGAUUUCGAAGACGACAAGCUAGAGCUCAGCGAUUUCUACGACUUUACAAGCAGCUAUCCAGAUGCGGGCUGGGAGGACGUCAGCGAUGACGGCGAGGAGCUUGUCGAUGGCGAUGACGACGAAGCCAUCACCGAGGAAGAUGGCGACAGCGAUGAAGAGACACUCCCGGCCACAGACGGAGGCAUUCGAUUUGGAGACAAUGAGCUGGAAUUGGUGUUGCCCUCAGGCGCAAGGCUUGGUCACCGCAGUCUUCGCCGGUACUACAACCAAUCACUACGACCUCCAGACUCUGCGUACAGUGCCUCUUCCUCGACCUCUGGCCGGCAACUAGCUCAUCGUCUCAACGGAGGACCACGACAAAAGGAGAGCACUCUUGUUGAGUCGCGUGGCGGCAACGCAGUCUAUGCGCGCGACCGGGGCCAGGCAAGAGAGGCCAAGCGUCACAUCAAGGAGUUCCGCGACGUCAAGCGGCGCGAACAAUUCAAGACACAAGUCGCCUACCGUAACAACAGCCAAAAGCACUUCCGCGAUCCGCUCUUGCAGUAGUUUCUUUCGUGACGCCCCCUAGGAAUAACCUUUUUCUUGUGUCAUUACCCCUCUCAGCAAAAAUUCCUGGGUCAUAUCUCCCGAUCAAUGCAUUCUCACGAUCUAGCUAUCGCUCC